AUGCCCAACGGUUGCGGCUGCUGCGGUAAUUCCAACAACUACUCCGUGUGCUGCUACAGCACCCCGAAGUGCUGCAAGAUGCCCAUGUGCUGCUCCCCCAUGCAGUGCUGCUGCCCCACCACCUGCUGCAUGCCUCAGACCCGCUGCUACAUCAUGAGCAACAACAACAGAGGAGGCUGCUGCGGCAGCAAUGGAGGCUGCUGCGGUGGCAACUAA